AUGUCUAUUAUAAUGAUAAAAUUUUUAAGUAGAAAUUAUUCCACCCAAUCUUAUACACUAUCAUUAAUUGAUAAGAAAAUGUUCGGAUUUUUGGAUUGUGAAAUUAAUAGUAAAUUAAAUAACCUAUUAAUUAAUGAGAAACAAAUUCGGUGUAAAUCAUAUACUCGUUUCUUAGACUAUUCAAAAGUACCUAAGCUUCAAGAAAACGAUCUGGAAGAGCAACAUGUGAAAGGAUCUGGACCUGGUGGUCAAGCAACAAAUAAGACGUGUAAUGCAGUACUUUUAAGACAUAAACCUACAGGAUUAAUUGUAAAAUGUCAUGAAACUAGAAGUUUAUCUCAAAAUAGAAAGAUCGCUAGAGAAACAUUGUUAAAAAAAUUAGAUAAUUUAAUUAAUGGUCAGGAAUCUCUACAAAAUCAAACAGAACGUUUAAUGAAAAUAGAUUCCAUUAAAAAGAAACAGAAGAGGAAGAAACUUGUAGAAUUAAAGAAUGCAUUUAUAAAUAGCGAAAAUUUAAAAGAACUCUAG